GGGGCUUUCGGGUUGCCGUGGUGACGGGGUACACACGGCCGCGGCGCGCGCGGCGACCGUUGCCGCCUGUAACGGCCCGGGGGCGAGCUGAGUCUUAGAUAAAUUAUGGCUUCACAAGGAGAAAAACAAGCUCCACCCUUUACAGACAUCUUUGAUGAAGAUGAAGCUGAAAAAUCCUUUCUGUUGUCCAAGCCCACUUGCUUAAUUGUCCUUGGAAAGCCCGGUUCUGGAAAGAAAACAUUAGCUAGAAAACUAGCACAAAUAUGGAAAUGCAUUUAUAUAGAAGCUUUGGAAGUAAUUGAAAUGAAUAUUCGUGAAGAAACAGAAUAUGGGCUUAAGUGUCAAGAAUUGCUUUUUAAAGGUCAAAGUAUUUCUGAAGAACUGGUUACAGAAAUGAUUCUGAAAAAGAUUGAGUCACCAGAAGCUGCUCAUUUUGGUUACGUUCUCAGUGGAUUACCUUCUCUCUCAGAGGAAUAUAUGACUGUUUCACAGCAAAUAGAGAAAAUAAAACAUCUAAAAUUAAAACCAGAUUUCUUGGUUAACAUUAAGUGUUCAGACUAUGACUUAUGCCAGAGAAUAUCAGGACAAAGGCAACACCCUGAUUCAGGGCAGGUAUAUCAGAGGAACCAAUGGGAUCCUAAAGUUAAUGAAAAGCAAAAGAAAAAUAGUGAACAGCAUGGAGAGGAGAAUGAAGAAGUUGAAGAGCAGGAAGAAGAAGAGGCUGCAGAAGAUUCACUUAAGAUGUCAGAAAUUCUGCAUCAAUUAGUGCAAAGGCCUGAAGAUUUUCCUGAAAAUGCAGAGGAACGAGUUGGCAUGUAUAAGGAUAUAAUGCUUCGUUCUUUGGAAGACUUGAUGGCUGAACAGGAUUCUCGAUAUCUCAUUGAACUGGAUGGAAAUCAGCAGCCAGACGAACUCUUUGCAUCGGUUGUAGUUCGACUUCAAUCUAUGGGUGUUCCAAAUGGAGCUCCUGUAACUAGACUUCAAAGUCAGCAAGAAGAAAUGCUGGAAGGACUGGAAAAUGAUGAACUUUUCCGCGUUCUGUCAUCAUUCAAACAAAUAGCACCCAGAUACCGAUGGCGUAGAAGCAGAUGGGGGCAAGCAUGCCCUGUGGCUUUAAAGGAGGGUGAUAUUGUAAUGGGAGACCCAGAAUUGGCUGUCAGUUUUCUAGGUAAAAUGUAUGUACUGUCAUCCCCUGAGGCACUGAAAAAAUUUAUGUUGAAUCCACGGCCUUACCUGUUACCACCAAUGCCAAUUCCUCCUUGUAAAGUACUAGUAUUUGGCCCUCCAUUUUCCGGAAGAACAACUAUUUGCAAUCUAAUUGCAAACAAAUAUAAAGGAAAGGUAGGUUCAUAA